AUGACUAACCCACCAGGCCACACCAGCCGUGACGGCUACCAAUGGACGCCGGAGACUGGACUCAAACCUGGAGUACCAUGCCUUGGAGUGAUAAAGCCUCAGUCGACUGUUGCCUCAAAAGAAACAGUCUAUGAUGUAGCAGUCAUCGGCGCAGGAUACACAGGCCUCACCGCCAUCCGCGACUUGACGACAACAGGCCACAGCACCCUCCUGAUCGAGGCACGCGACAGAAUCGGAGGCCGAUCAUGGUCAUCAAAUAUCGACGGUUACCCUUUCGAGAUGGGCGGCACAUGGGUGCACUGGACACAGCCCUUCAUCUGGCGCGAGCUCUCCCGGUACAACCUCCUCAGCAACCUCGAGGUGUCCAUGUCCUACUCGGGCGGCAUCAACAAGUGCGCCGUGACCAUGUCCAGAGACAAGCCGACAAUCUUCAUGUCGCACGAGGAGGAAGACCGCAUCUCCGAAUCCGGCCUCAAGAAGCUGGUCGACGUGGACGGCAAGCUCGGCCGGACCGUGAUCCCCUGGCCGCACGACGCGCUGCGCAACAAGGAGGCCGUGGCCGUCUACGACAAGAUGUCGCUCCGGGACCGCAUGGCGCAGAUCGCGGACGACCUCAGCCCCGUGGAGAGGAACAUGCUCGAGGGGUUCCUGAGUAUUACUAGUGGCGGCAAGUGGGAGGAGUCGUCCUUCUUCGAGAUACUACGCUGGUGGGCGCUCGCGAACUGGGACUACAGGGGCUUCGUCGAGAUGGGCCUGACGUACAAGCUCAAGUGCGGGCAGAGCGCGCUGCAGAGGUGCCUGUUCGACGAGGCGCACGCCACGGGGAGGCUGAGCCACAGCUUCUCGACGCCUGUCGCGAGUGUGAAUGACAAGGGCGGCGUAGUCGAGGUGACUGGCCGGGAUGGCAGCAUUUUCAGGGCAAAGAGGGUCAUCUGCACCGUGCCCCUCAACGUCCUGCACUCGAUCCAGUUCACCCCCGCGCUGCCGCCCCUGAAGACGCAGGCAAGCGUCGAGGGCCACGCGAACCACGUCGUCAAGUGCCACGCCGAGGUCGCGAAGCCGGAGCUGCGGUCGCUGGGCUCUUUCAACUUCCCGCACGGCAAGCUGACAUACACCUUUGGCGACGGCACCACGCCAGCGGGGAACACUCACCUUGUUGCGUUUGGCAGCUCACACCCUGGCGUGCACUUGCAGGCAGAGGAGGACAUCGGUGCGACCCUGGACGCGUGGAAGCAAAUUCUUCCCGGUACGGAACAAAAGGACUUGAAGAGGGUUGUGUUCCACAACUGGCACAACGAUGAGUUCGCUAGAGGAGCUUGGGAGUGGUUCAAGCCAAACCAGGCCAGUCGAUACCUGGAUGCAUUACGAGAGAAGCAGGGCAAUGUCUGGUUCGGGAGUGCAGACUGGGCCAUGGGCUGGAGGGGAUUCCUCGACGGUGGGAUAGAGGACGGACAGAGAGUUGCAAAGGGGGUCGCUGACGACCUCAAGGCGUCCAGAUCGAUCAGGGUGGCCCCGCGUCUCUGA